AUGAAUCCACCUACACUAAGGGAUUUGGGCCCAGUACCGAGUCCGAUGCACUCUGUAUCAGACAGACUUGCCCGCAGAGAUAAUCUCAGUUUCCAAGACAUAAGAGACCUAAAAGAGGAGCGAAACAAACUUCCACCACGAGAUGUGAAAGAUAUCGCAGCAGAUCUCGCGGCGAGGGUCAAGCGAGCCCCACAAUUCCGCCGUUUCAUCAAGGUCGAAGAAUUGAGUAUGUGGAACCUUUACAUGUUGCAGCAUAAGAUACUCUCCAUGAAGCCAGAUAGUAUGAGGGUAUUCCAAGGACUAGACAUGAAGUCUAGAGCAAUGAAGGAAAUGCGGGCGUGGCGGAACCACGACAAGAACUCGGGGGCUCCAUUAGGAUCAACCACCAGCCCAAUUACUGCUACGCUGGAGGGGGGUGCAGCUAUCAACUCAAUUACUCCUGCGGCUCCACUAGACAGUUCAAUACACAAGCCACCCCUCAUCACAUCCACCACCGGACCUCCAUCGACCGAUGUGCCAGAUGGGCUGCAACUUUUACUCAAACAGUACCAUGAAUCCCUCAAAGCAUUUAAAGAGAUGCAAACAUGGCGUGAGGCAUCCAAUACUAGCUGUAGAAUUGCGAGAUCAGAUCUCGCUUUCCAUUUCUGUGACGAAAACUACCUCGAAUCCGAAGAGAAAAUGUUUGAUCUGAGCCCUACGCUCAAACUCGAAACCGGCGGCUCAGUAGACUGUAUUCGACGGAUGCUUAUGAACUACUUACCACUGCGGUACGUGAAUGAAGAUGCUUGGAACGAAAAGCGCGGACAAUUGGAUCCGGGAGCUGUGCCUGAACGUGCCCAAACAUUUUCAAGCUGGAGAACUGAUUUUGAUACGCCACCGUUCGUUGACAAUCUUGCCCGCGUGCUUGUCUCUCUUCUUGCCGGACUCUUCCUCCUGGUGCCCAUGAUUGUUGUAUCCUUCAUCAUUUCUCAGAAAGUGAGACUGAGUGUCACGGUCGCUCUCGUUGUGCGAUUUGCUGUGUCUCUAGGAUGGUUUGGCAAGUCUACCAAUGAUGCGUUGAUGGGGACCUCGGCAGCAUAUGCAGCAGUUCUAGUAGUGUUUGUUGGGCAGACGUCUCCAAUCACUUGA